AUGUUUCUUUACCAACUACUCAACAUAUUCUACGUAGCUUCCCAAAAGGAGGAGGAAUCAAAAAAUGAUUCGUCCCUUUACAAGCGUGGUGAUUUACUGGAAGUCCCGAGGACAUUAUUCACACAUUUUGGUAUCUACUUGGGUGACAAUCGAGUGGCUCAUCUCAUCCCUGACAUCCUUCCUGUAUUUACCAAGAACACAUCUGCAAUUUCAAAGAUGGUAACAAAUAACCGCUUAGUGCUGGGAGUCAUCGCCAAGGUGGCCAGCGUCAGAGUGGAUUCCUUGGCUGAUUUUGCCUACGGCUCGGAGAUUUUGGUCAACCACAUGGACAAGGUGUGCAGCCAGCCUCCUUUGGAUGGGGACGAGGUGGCCAGAAGGGCUGAGAAACUCCUGGGCUCCGUCACCUACAGCCUGCUGUGGUACAACUGUGAACACUACGUCAUGUACUGCAGAUACGGCAUGGCAAUCAGCUACCAGACAUACCAGUUCUGCACAGCAGUACGGAAGAUUGUUUGCAGCAGGAAGAGCUCCUAUCUGUUGGCACUGUGUGGUCUAGGUCAGAUAGGAGGCCAGCUGUAUCUGGGCUGUGUGACGCUGCUCACAGUUUUACCCACGCUGAUCGUCUCAUUCACCAUCUGGAUGGCAGCCUGACCUGAUCUGGUGAGACGGCCUUCAUGAGAAAGACUAAUGCAGCACACUGGUGGGAGCUGAAAAGAAGUCCUGCUGUGGAGCUGCAUGACUAAAGACAUAGGGAAACAAACAUGUUCACUAUAAUACAAAUGUCAGAAUUGUAUUCUUGUAUUAUUUUAACUGAAGUUGUGUUUGACAUUUGCUUGAUAGUUUGCUCUAAAUAGUCGUGAACAAACCUUUUGUGUUGGAUGUCUAAAUGUGUACAUUAUUCAUCACUACUGUCACCAGGCUCCAGUGUUCAGCAUUUAUCUUAAUUAACAGAAGCAGCUCGUAGAUUAUAGUUUGACGUCGACUGUGCACAGACGAUAACUCCGGAAGACUGAGAUAAAAAUCAACAGUUAUCUGGGAAGGAGAGAGUGACCUAAGGAAACAUGAUGGUGUCUGCAGAUGGAAGACUUGGUAGGAAUGCUGUAAUGACUGCUUUUAAUUGUGAUACUAAACAUAUAUCAUGGUCUGUCUCAAAGGUUUGAUUGGACAAAGUGCAAUAUGGUUCUUCUUAAUGUAUUACAGUAUAAAUUGUUUUAUAUUGCACAAAUGUCAUAUUUGUUGGUCAGUCCAUUCAGCAUGUAUUUCUAAUUUCUCCACUUUUUAUUAUUGUACAAAACUUUAAAUACUUUUAUAUUAUCUUCUCUUCUUCCAUCAAAGUCCAUUUUAUUCCAUUAUAUUUUUGUGAUAUAUGAUAUAAAGCACUUUGGAAACUUGU